AUGCAGGCGUGGCGCGGGCUGCGAGACUGUGGCUACGGCCACGGCGACGCGCUGACUCAGCCAGCAUCCUGCCAUGCCCCCAGCACUGAGGCUGAGAAAGAGGACGCGUUGGACCCGGUGCGCGCGCUGUGCUACCCGGACGCGGACGUCUUCCUGGUGGUGUUCAGCGUGGUGGCGCCGGCGACGCUGCGCUCCGUGGAGCGGCGCUGGGCGCCCGAGGUGCGCCGCUGCUGCCCCGACGCGCCGCUCGUGCUGGUGGGCACGCAGGCCGACCGGCGCCGCGACGCCCGCCUGCUGGCAGAGCUGUCUGCGCGCGGCCAGGCGCCCGUGUCGAGCGCCAGGGCGGCCGAGGCCGUGCGCGCCGUGGGCGCCGCCGUCUACGUCGAGACCUCGGCGCUCACCCAGAGGGACCUCAAGGAGGCCUUCGACCAGGCCAUCGUCUGCGCGCUGCGCCGCCGCGGGCUGCUGCGCCCGCCGCCCCCUCGCCGGAAGAAGCCCUCGGGGCUGUUGUGCUGUUGCCGCCGCUAG